UAAUUGUUCUUCAUUUCACCCCACCAACUCAUACACUACUCAACAUUCGGAUCAUAAACUCACCAAUCUCCACAAAUAUAUAUUUUAAAGAGACUUUGAAGUCUCUUUCUGACCAAGUCCCCCAUUAUUGUACUUAUAUAUCAUCAAUAUUCUAAACAAAGAGUAUCACAUUAAUAAGUUGAAUUUAGUGGGGAGAAUAAAUGGACACCCUUUAUGGUCUUCUGGCUGAUAUUUCAAAAGAUUUGGUGUGUAAGGGUUUCAAUCAAUUACAAUACUCUUUUUGCUUUAAUGAGUUUGUAAAAGAGGUUGAAGAAGAAGAAAACAACUUGACCGAAACAAGAGAGAAUGUAGAAAGACGUGUCACACAUGCUCAGAGACAAAACAUAAAAAUUGAUGAAGUCAUUGAUAAGUGGUUGGAGAAUGCUAAGAGUGAUUCAAAAGAUGUGGAUUGUUUGCUAAAAGAUGCAAAAGCCAAAAAGAGUUGUUGUUUGGGGUAUUGCCCAAAUUGGAUUUGGCGAUAUCGUUUAGGAAAGAAGUUGGCAAAUAAAAAAGCAGAGCUUGAAAAGAUUAUUCAAAAAGGUAGACCAUAUAUGCAACUUGAACGCAUUGCCUCAAUUCCUUCAAACACUUUUGAUAUUCUCACAGAAAAAAGUAUGAAUUUUGAGAGUAGAAAAUAUGCUUAUGAUCAAGUAAUGAAAGCAUUGAAAUAUGAUGGGGUUGGCAUAAUUGGAUUGUAUGGAAUGGGGGGUUGUGGUAAAACCACUUUAGCAAUGGAAGUUAAGAAGAUAGCAGAAGCUGAGCAUCUUUUUGACAAAGUUAUUUUUGUGCCUGUGUCUAAUACAGUAGAAAUUCCCAGGAUUCAAGAAAAAAUUGCAAGUUCAUUGCAAUAUACAUUUCCAGAAAACCAAGAAAUGGAAAGAGCCCAACGCUUAUGCAUGAGAUUAACACAGGAAAAAAAUAUUCUUAUUAUUUUAGAUGAUGUGUGGGAGAAACUUGAUUUUGGUCGCAUAGGGAUUCCCUCCUCUGAACAUCAUAAAGGCUGCAAGAUUCUGAUUACCACAAGAUCAGAAGAAGUUUGUACUUUAAUGGAUUGUCAAAAAACAAUUAAUCUACCAAUCUUAACUGAUGAAGAAGCAUGGGUUCUCUUCCAAAACAAAGCAGUUAUAUCUAAAGACACCCCUAAAACCAUUACGGAUUUGGCAAGAUCAAUUUCAAAUGAAUGUAAAGGAUUGCCUGUUGCCAUUGUAGCUGUUGCUAGUAGCUUGAAGGAAAAACAAAAGGACAUAUGGCGUUCUGCUUUGAAUAAAUUGAGAAGUUCUAAGCAGAUCAACAUUGGAAAAGGUUUGCAAGAUCCCUAUAAGUGUUUACAGUUAAGCUACGAUAAUCUAGACACUGAAGAAGCUAAAUCACUUUUAUUGUUGUGCUCUGCAUUCCCUGAAGAUUAUGAGAUUCCAAUCGAAGGUUUAAUAAGAUGUGCAAUAGGAUUAGGUGUGGUUGAUGGAUUUGACACGUACGAAGAAGCAAGGACCGAAGUGACUACAGCCAAGAUUAAGCUUGUAAGUUCCUGUUUGUUGUUGGAUGUAGGUGAUAAACAUGUCAAAAUGCAUGACUUGGUUCGUGAUAUAGCCCAAUGGAUAGCAAAGAAUGAGAAUAAGGUCAUCAAGUGUGAACUAGAAAAAGAUGUAACUUUGGAGCAUGGUUCAAUGAGAUAUCUAUGGUGUGUGAAAUUUUCAAAUGAUAUGGAUUGUUCCAAUCUUGAGUUUUUAAGCAUACAAACACAAUUGGAAGUAUCCGAUGCAAUUUUUGAAAAAAUGGAAAAACUUAGAGUUUUGAUUGUUAGUAAUCAAAAUUAUGACAACGAGCUGCAGUUGUCAACCAUGUCUUUCAAAACAUUACAAAAUCUUCGUUGUUUAGUCCUUCAGUAUUAG